UGCAUAAUGGGUCGUAAAUGCGAAAUGAUUUCCUGUGUAAACCGCGAAGGAAAGAAUAUUGGAAAAUCCUUCUACUGCUUUCCUCGUGAUAGUCGGAGGUGCUACUUAUGGGUACAAUCGUGCUGCUCGUCAGAACUAUCGUCGAGAUUUGCCUCCGGAGGCUCAGAGGCUGUCCGGAAGCUGAAAAUCUGCUCGGAUCACUUCCUCUCCUGUUCGUUUCGAAGUCAUUUGCAAUCAGAUAAAGGUUUAAAAGAAAACGCAAUUCCAAUUUGUUCAUUCAACUCGCAAAUCCACGAAACACUAUGUUCAAUUUUCGACACAAGUAUUGAUGGCGACAUAUGCACAGAAACCACCGGAAAUACCACUGAAGAAUCCUAUGAAGAGGUUGAAUAUCUGGAUGAAUCUUUCCACAGCAUAUACGAAGACGUGGAGUAUCUCGACGAUGCUGAAGAGAAUAGUGCACUCGUUCAGGACUGUGAUUAUAAUGGUGUAUUUUCAUUUAGCGAAUCCUUUGCUGAACCAGAAAAUCAUAUGUGUACGAAUCUACUUGUGAACGACGAAUUAGUCGUUCCUCUUGAUCCAAUAUACAUGGAAAUGGAGGCAAAAGUAAAUGGCGAAAAUUUCAUGCCAUGUGUUGGGUUGAAUGAUGACCGUGCAGCCACAUUUGAUUCAGUUUUUACUGUCGACUACAAAUCGCUAUUUGAAACUGAAAAAGAGAAAAACGCUAAGUUGCAUGAAUCGAUGGAAGGUCUGAAGCAAGAUUUACGAAAAAGUAAUCGUAAAAGUGCAUGGCGGCUAAAAUCGAACAAAACUUUCAAAAGGAAAAAUCAGGAACUGAAACGGAAGUUCAAACUGCUACAAUAUCGAAAAACUGACGAUUCUAAACUUGCAAAUCUUGUUCGGCGCAACCCGGUACUGCAUAAUAGUCUAGUAAAUUCAUCUCGGAAGCCAAAAGGACGCAGAUAUAACAACCAUUCAAGAAAAUUCGCUCUAGGUGCAUAUCUAGCUGGACCGGCAGCCUACAGAUUCGUCCGAAGCUCGAAUAUAAUCCAACUGCCUAGUAAAAUGACGAUUAAUCGAUGGAAUUCUAAUAUCUACAUGAAACCCGGUUUGAACACAGAAAUCCUGAACCGGUUGAAGUCAAGGACAGAAAAUUUCACUAAGAAAGAGAAGGCCGUUACAAUUUGUAUUGACGGAAUGUCCAUUAGACCGGAGUUAACAUAUAAUGCCAAAAAAGACACUUUUGUUGGCUUUCCUGAUAAUGGCAAAAUAAAAAAGUACGAGAACAAUAACCCUCUAGUAUUGGCUACCGAGGCCGUUGUUUUAAUGGUUUCCGGAAUUACCACCUUGACCAUGGAUCAUCCUGAUGGCUGUAAAUCGAAAAGCAGGAACAAGAGGUUCAAGCAGGCUAUUGGUUAUGUCUUAGCUCAUCAUACGCUGGGGAGUGUUGAGCAAUUGAAUCUAGUAAAUGAUGCUAUAAAAGCGCUACGAGAAAGGGGAUUAUAUCCGUUGGUGUUGGCAAUGGACCAGUGCACAACAAAUGUAAAAAUGUUUCGGGGCAAUCCAAGAUAA